AUGCAUGACAGUUCUUGGUCUAAAGUGAUCGAUAUCAUUAGACUCAUUCUCUCUCUUCAAAUACUUGCCAUCGCGGAGGGGACCAAGACGGGGGUGAAGGCCGAUCCCUCCACUAGAGGCCCCACCAUUGGAGAUGUUAUCCCGGGUCUGAAUGUAGAGCCUGGAUCCUACUUGAUGCCCCUUUGGGGCGUCAUCCUCCUCGUCGUAGCACCCUCUUGCCUUGGCCUGUCCUGGGGCAUCAUAGAGAUAACACGAUUAUACAAGUUGCCUAUUGAUGGUAGCGGCGUUAACUACUCCUCUGAAUCUGCUAUGGACUCGGGGGCCUCAACGGACGGGGACUCGCCUUUACUGGGGAAGUCCAAUGCCGUUGAUAAGUCCCUCAAGAUGAUGAGGGAAGUUAGUGCUCAUAUUGCCGACGGAGCCACUGCCUUCCUAAUAGAGGAGUACAAGUACCUUUUUGUCUACGUUAUAGUAUUUGGUAUCGUUAUUGGAGUUAUCACCAGCUGGUUCGCGGCUCUGUCCUUUUUGGUCGGCGCCAUAACUAGCUGCCUCGCGGGCUUCAUAGGCAUGCGGACCGCAGUCUUCUGCAACGUCCGUACUGCUCAUGAAUGUUGGAAGAGCCUGCGAAAGGGCUAUGAGGUAGCUAUACGAGGAGGGUCAGUGAUGGGCUUCACCCUAGUGAGUCUUGGGGUACUCACUGUUUUCGCCCUUAUUGCACUGCUUAAUACGGUAAUGAAGUUUGAGAAUUCAGGGAACAGCUAUGACGGACCGAGCAUACUAUUUGAGGCCCUUGCUGGGUACGGUUUAGGAGGCUCCUCUAUAGCCCUCUUCGCUCGAGUCGGCGGAGGUAUCUAUACUAAGGCAGCGGAUGUCGGGGCGGAUCUAAGCGGGAAAAAUGAGUAUGGUAUGGACGAGGACGACCCGCGCAACCCGGCAUGUAUCGCAGAUAAUGUUGGUGACAACGUUGGCGAUAUCGCCGGCAUGGGCGCUGACUUGUUCGGCUCCUUCGCUGAGGCGACAUGUGCUGCUUUCGUACUGAUUGGGAAUUCUACAUUAUCUCAUCUUGAUAUCUACGAAGCCCCGAUAAUGUACCCGUUGCUAAUCUCCUCCUUGGGUAUAUUUGUGAGCUGGAUAACAGUACUAAUGGUCCCUCUUAUCACGCCUGUUAAGGACAUUGAAUGCAUUGAACGGUCAUUGAAGGCCUUACUGUUCGUCUCGACCUUGUUGAUGACACCAGCUAUUGUUGGUCUCUCCUACGUGUGUUUACCACAAGAGUUCAUGGUUGGCAUGACUAUCCUUGUAAGGUACGCCUGUAUGGUAUCGGUUAUAAUGGGCCUAUGGUCGGGUCUCCUCGUGGGGUUGGUCACAGAGUACUUCACGAGUCAUAGCUACGGCCCAGUGAGGGACAUAGCUCGCAGUCAAAGGACCUCUGCCGCUACUGGCAUCAUAUACGGCCUGGCUCUGGGUUACCUCUCUACUAUCGUGCCCGUCCUGGCCCUCAGUGUCACCAUACUGGUGUCACAUGAGUUCUGUGGUAUGUACGGGAUCGCCUUGGCUGCCCUAGGUAUGCUUUCUACAUUAUGUGUAGGGCUGGCAAUAGAUGCCUACGGCCCAAUAGCUGACAAUGCUGGAGGGAUAGCUGAGAUGUCUAAUCUCGGCCCAUCUAUCAGGCGACGGACAGACGCCUUGGAUGCUGCUGGCAAUACCACAGCUGCAGUAGGUAAGGGGUUUGCGAUAGGGGGCGCGGCCUUGGUGGCAUUGGCCUUGUUCGGCGCCUUCUGCACUAGGGCUAAUAUUGACAAGGUUAAUGUAUUGAAUGCGUGGACCUUUGCUGGGAUAUUGUACGGCGCUAUGAUGCCGUAUGCCUUCUCGGCGCUGACUAUGAAGUCCGUGGGGAAGGCCGCUACGGACAUGGUGGACGAGUGUAUGAGGCAGUUCCCUAAGAUCAUCAACGGCGAGGCACCCCCUGAUUACACACGCUGUAUAUCAAUCUCAACUUCGGCCAGCCUGAAGGAGAUGAUCUUACCCGGGGCAUUGGUGAUCUUAUCUCCUCUGGUGUUUGGUAUACUGUGUGGGAAGAAUGCUACUGCUGGCCUUCUCGUUGGGGCGCUCAGUUCUGGAGUGCAGAUGGCCAUCUCUAUGUCCAAUACUGGCGGGGCAUGGGACAAUGCUAAGAAGUUUAUCGAGUCCGGUGGUCUCGGCCCUGAACACGGCAAAGGCAGCGCUGCACAUAAGCACGCUGUGACAGGCGACACUGUAGGGGAUCCACUGAAAGACACCUCGGGGCCUAGCCUGAAUAUUCUAGUGAAGCUGUCGGCCAUCAUUUCCCUAGUCUUUGGGAGCAUCAUAGACAUACGCUUCUCGAAUAGCAGUGGCGGUCCUAUCUGGUUGAGGCCCAGCUCUUAG